AUGACAUUAAUAAUUCGGUCGUUUAAUUCAUUUCGUUGCUUGAAUUUAUUAUCAAAUCCUUCUCGUUCUUCAUUAUUUACCAGUUCUUUAGUACAAAGUCGUUAUAUAACACUUUCAACUCAGUCAACUUCAACUAAAGUCAGUAUGAAUCGACAAGUUCGUGAAGAAAUUAUUGCCGAUGUUCUUAACUUAUAUAAUUCCAAUCCGACUGAAGAAUCGUUUCGUCAUUAUGCUCCAAAUGCUCAAUUCGAGGAUCCACUUCAAUUCUCGGGAAAUCUAUCAUCAAUCAAAUCUGCUUUUAAAUCUUUACCGAAAAUCUUCAAAGAUUCGGAAGUGACAAAAAGCGAUGCACAGAUCGAUACAAAUCCAAUGAAAUUGAAUCUCGAGACUCGUUACGAAUGGAAAGAACAAAUCAUUCGCCACGAAGAACGAUGGAAUGGAGAACCAAUUCCAAAUGCAGAAUCGGGAUUUUUUGGAAGAAUUAAAGAAGCAUUGCGUCAUGCAACAGGAAGUCUAGUGCAUGCAGCAGUUGAUAGCGAAAAACCAGUGGAGAAGCACUAA